AUGACCAUCAACAUCUAUGGAAACAUCACUGUUGCAGGAAACUCUUCUAUCACCACUAAUCACUCUAGCCGAUCUAGCCGAAGUCGUCCAGCGAGACCCCAAAGUGUCACUCAGCCAAGAAGGAAUAACCGUCGCCGACAUAAUUCAAUUGCUGUAGAAAAUCUCGUCAUCGAAGAUCACGUACAACAUCACGACAUAGACAAUCAUGCCGGCAAUCAUCACGCCAGAGAACGUCUUUUGAUAGAAGCACCACGUCGUCAACGCGAUCAGUCAGUCGUUAUAGCUCCACCACCAAGACGGAAUGCUCCCCUUCCCCGGCGUCGUUCCUCAAGAAUUGCUCGACGUGCCCUUCUCAACGCACGAAUGUACCCGCGAAGACGACGUCCAAUUCCAGCCGCCCAUGAAGAUCAUGACUUCUGGACCAAGAUAUGGACCUUACCAGUAAAUCUUCUCCUCUACCUCUCGCCUGGAUGGCACCCAGUCUGGACCACUCGAGAUCUCCUUCGACAAAUCAUCUGGCACUUCAAGCCAAACCAACGCAUCCCGUGUAGAACUCUCAAAGCAGAUUUGAUCGAAUUGUUUGAAGUUCAUGUUGUCCAACGCUAUGGAGCAUACUAUGGAAUCUAA